UUGGCUGCUUUCAUUCACGUGAUCAAAACAUAAUCAUGGCGGUCUCCGCUGGAGUUCGGUCGAGCGUGGGGCUGACUUUGAGACUUUCUAGAGUUAUACCAGAUUGUAGCACAUGUCCUUUCAACAGGUUGAAUAGUUAUUUGAAUGGUAUAGCUAGUUCGUCGAAUGUUGAUCGUUUUCGGACGUUGAACCGACACUUGCAGACAUCCAAAGGUCUGUACCAAAGUGAGGCGGGUGCAAGUGCAGAAGACCCCCAAGAAGAUGUGGUGAAUGUGGUUUACAUAGAUAGAUCAGGACAGAGGAUUCCAGUGAAGGCCAAAGUGGGAGACAAUGCAAUGUACCUGGCCCAUAGGCACAACAUUGAACUGGAAGGAGCUUGCGAGGCAUCACUAGCUUGCUCAACGUGCCACGUGUAUGUGAACAGAGACCAUGUCGACAAGCUACCAGAGCCUGACGAAAGAGAGGAUGACAUGCUGGACAUGGCCCCAGCGCUACAGGAGAACUCCAGACUUGGCUGUCAGAUCAUCCUCACCCAGGAGCUGGAGGGCAUAGAGCUUACCCUGCCUAAGGUCACCAGGAACUUCUACGUGGACGGCCAUGUUCCCAAACCACACUGAGGACACUACACUCCACACUAGCACCCUACUUAGUGUGAAGCAAUGUAUUGGGCAUGCAUUCUAAGUAGUAUGCUAGUAUGGAUGUUGGAACACGGCCCCUCAGGACUGAGUCGUAAGAGAGAGAGAGAGAGAGUCGCUUGAAGGGUCCCUCCCAAGUCAAGAAUGCUCUUACAUAUCCACAUGACUGUGUGACCGAAGACAAAAGCUAUAUACCAGUCACUGGCUGCAUUUUGACAGCGCCCCUGAUGGGAUUGGUCAAAAGACCAAUUAGUGGAAAAAAUAUCAGAAUUGGGCUGCCUGUGUAAACGCAGCCUCUGAAAUGUGUUGUAUUUGGCUCACACUGAAAGUAAUGCUGAUUGUGGAAGAAGAGUUAGGUGGUUUUCAGCAUUCAUGUAUAAAUAUGUCAUGUGUAUAGAAGAGUUCUCAGGCCAAGAUUGAGAUGUCUAUCUAUCAAUGUCACAAACAGUUCUUUGUUUCAUAGUAACCCGAGUCAGCAUUUCAGAAAGGCCUGUUGCUACGCAAAUAACUUUGUGUUCUUGAAUAGAACAUUCCAUGUUACAACUCAUUUACAAAGGUCAACAUACACACAUCUCAGGUGGAGCUUCCAAAUAGUCUUGUCUCUACAAUAACAGCACUCACAUACAGCUAAUGAACAGGAUGUUAUGUCUACGUAUACAUAGCUUUCACCAUUAUAUCUACUUAUGGCCAGUUUCUAGGAAUUUUACUGUUGUGGGUGUGUGGUGACUAGUCAAGACCGUAACAAGCCCAUCCACAACACUGAAAGCCCUUUCCCUACAUCAAGCCUGUCAGGAAUCAUUAACCGUCUCUGAUGUAGCACUUUUGCAGUGUGUUUUGUAAGCAGAGGGCAGCUUGAGAUCGAUUGGAAUGGAAAGGGUUGAAUCUGUUAGAUAACUAAUGAUGCCAAGGAGAUACUUGGGCUGCAUUCACACAGGCAGCCUCAUUUUGAUAUUUUUUUUCCAAUCACAGAUCUUUGCACAUCAAAGCUGAUCUGAUUGGUCAAAAUGCAGCCUAAACCAUUUUAAACUGACAGAUGCAUUUUGUCCAAUUCCCAAGUCAUUUCUGUUUCUGUCCAUCCAUACCCAGUAAUGAUUUGCCUUGUCAAUUCACCGUUAGUCUCAUAACUGUCCAUCAAAAAACACCUGUAUCCAGUAUUAGUUGGCUCCUUUACGAACCUGGAAUGCUUUCACUUGUACUGUAAUGAAUGUGUCUGUCAUACGCACAAAACGUGUAGGUAGGUGUAUUAUGUAUAUAUGGUAUAUCUCAAAUUUGCAAGUCUAUUUUAGAUUUGUGCAAUAAAAAUACCAAAAGUUUGUACUA